UAGCGAAGAUGUACGGCCGGUGAGAAGAAGACCUAGCGCGCAGUACGAGAAGAAGAUCGACUUCCCUACCCGGUGACUUCCCGCUGCUCCUCGGCCAGUGACGCUCUAUCCUCACCGCCAAACGCCGUCUCCUCGUCGUUGCCUAGCCGCGGUUCCACAUCAGUUGCAGCGGGCCGGGUCAGUUGCAGCGGGCCUGGAUGCCGAACGCCGCUUCUCCUCACGGCUGAGCUUCGUUUCCACAUCCGUUGCAGCAGGACGCCGAACGCCACUUCUGCAUCUGCACCCACCGACUCUCAAUCUAGACAUUACGAUAAUUAUUAUGGACCGUAGUUGGAUUAAUUGUAGACGGACAAGUGAUGAGUAUGAAAAUGGCAUUGAAUCUUUUCUUCAGUUUGCUAAAACGCAUCUUCCUGAUAACAAUGGAAAGUUUUAUUGUUAGUUUCGUGGCUCUCGAGGGGAGGAUGAGAGCUAGUAUACUACUCCCUAGUUGGGAAGUUGUUACGGAGGGAGUUAAAAACCAGAUUUGGGAGGCCAUCCAGCUCACUUUUGACGUCCCUAAUACUCAUGAACUGAGAAGAAGAUGGAUAUCAUAUGCUGGUAAUAGGUGGACGGGAUUCAAGACAUUUUUGACAUCAUCUUACAUAUUUGGCGAUCGAUCUGGGGAAAACCCCACAGAAAAGUAUCAAUGGAUAAGUGCUGAGACUUGGCAAGAGUUUGUACGAAGUAGAAAAGACCCAACUUUUCUGGAGCGCAGGAAAAAGGCACAGGAAAUCCAAGCUCAUAAUGACUGUCCUCACAUAUUGUCCCGAGGUGGAUAUGACCUGUUAGAAAAAAAACUUAUGGCUGAGAAAUUAAAAGAAUAUGAAGAAGCUUCUCAGGCUAAUCCUUCAUUGGGGCUGAAAGCUCCUUCUCCCAUACCCCGUCAUGUGAAAUGGAAGCAAGGCCGAAUAAGACGAACAGGCAAGUAUACAUCAAAGAGGUCUCUCGAGAUCGGAGAAAAAAUUGUAAGUCAAAGAUUGAUAAUAUUUUGACUGUAAAUAUAAAUUGACUUGUAUAACUACCUUAAAAGGGUUGUGCAUUUGUGGUUCGCGGGAUUCUUUAGUUGAGGAGGAAAAGCAAGGGACCUUUGCUCCCAUCGGUCGUGAUGAUAUCUUAACGGCGGCUACUGAACGUCCUGAGCACCCAGGUCGUGUACGUGGUGCUAGAACAGGUGUUGGUAUUCUUUCACACUUUGGACCCUUAGCACGUCAAGGUCAUAAAUCCACACUUUUGACCAUAAAUGACGUUGAUCGAAUCAAGAAGGAGAUGCAGCAGGAGGUAACACAACAGGUAACAAUACAAGUAACACAACAGGUAACUGAACAAUUGUCACGAGUAUUUGCUCAGCAGCUUCAAGAUGAACUUAAGAGAAUGGGUUUAACCCAACAACCAGAACUGCACACAGAGGCACGCCGCACUCGUUCUCCUACACAUGUCAGUACAAAAGGGAGCAAUGCUCCAGAGGAUAUCUCUGAGUCGGAUGAUGAGCUAUCCCGACUUUAUGUGGAUACCCCUUUUCACUUAGUAGCCAUGGGAAAGGUACACAAUUUGGGUCCUACUAUACACCAUGAGAGAAUAGAUUCAGGUAUUGUUAGGGUGGAGGUUGUGGAGGUUUUGGAUGCAUCUGCAUUGGUCCCAAUUCCAAGUGAAGAGGUCCAGACAGUUGGACAGGCCCCCAAUCAGUUCAUUCAAUGGCCAAAAAGAUUGGUUGACCCUCACGUAAAGGAGUGGACAAAUGGAAAGGAUAAUGACAACCAUGAUGAGGACAAUGCUUCUGAUGAGAACAAAGGUCCAAUAUCAUGUUUAUUGACAAUGACUACUCACCUUGGUCCACAACCGAUAGAGCUAAUCCUGAAAGAAGAAAUAGUUGGGCGGUCUGCUAUAUCUCUUUUUGUUGGCUCUGAGGAGAUAUUAGAGAUAUGUGUGGGGAAUCAAAUGCUAAGUGCAGUGAUUCUACAAGUAUGGAUAAUGCAUUUGCAUGGGAUUUGUGUUCGAAAGGAUACUGCACACCUGUACGGUUUUCUUGACCCACAUACCACUCAAGAUGUGGGGAACAAGCGUGAAGAUAUUCAAACUUAUAUAAUGACUCAACUGAGUGAAGGAAACAAAGAGUGCUACUUACUACCGUACUACUAUCCUAACCAUUGGCAGUUGUUUGUAUUGUGCCCGAGGAAAAACUUAAUUGUGUUCUUAUGCUCUUUGGGGAACAAACCAAAGGCAAACAUAAAGAGUACUCUAGAUUUGGCGAUGCAAGCACAUCAAAUGACAAAAAAUAAAAGGAAUUCCAAGCCGAAAUGGAUUAAGCCAAUGUCUCGAAUGCAAAGAGGAAGUUUUGAAUGUGGAUAUUAUGUUAUGAGACACAUGACUACUAUUAUUUCUGCCAGUGUUGUGGAUUCGUGGAUGGAGAUAUUCAAUGUUCAAGACCCAUUUAGUGAACAAGACAUCAACGAGAUUCGAGAGCGUUGGGCAUUGUUUUUCUGCGAAGCAACUAGCAUUUAGUAUUUAUUUAGUAGAAAUUAAACAUUGUUAGCAUAUUAGAAAGUGAUAUGCAAUUUUGUUGCAACUUGCCAACUCUUGAAUUUUGAUGGUGUAAAAUGAUGUUUAAUUUUUGCUAGUAAGAUUAAUACUAUAUAUGAUUUUUGGAUAUUAUGGUUGUUUUGUGAAUAUUAUUAAAUAAUGGUU